ACACAGUCUUGUUCCUGAGAACUGGUGGGCAGAGCAAACUCCACUGCUUCCGUUCAGAAACCUCGGAGCAGACCCUUGCCUGCCAAUUCCCAGCUCUCCGGCCAGCUUCUGAUCAUUAGCAGUGGGUCGGCUCCCAUGAAAUCCUCAAAGGCAUCCCAGCGCUACAGAGGCAUCCGGAGAAAUGCCAGCCACUGCUACCUCUACCAGGACUCUCUGCUGCUCAGCAACUUGGACGACAGCUUUAGUGCUGAUGAAACAGGGGACAGCAAUGAUCCGGAACAAAUCUUCCAGAAUAUACAGUUCCAGAAAGAUCUCAUGGCAAACAUUCGCUGCAGACCCUGGACUAUGGGGCAGAAGCUGCGGGCAUUGAGACGAGCAAAGGAGAUUGUGCUGAAGUUCGAAGGGAGGCUGACCAGGACCCGAGGCUACCAAGCAGCAGGUGCAGAGCUCUGGCGGAAAUUUGCUCGUCUUGCCUGCAACUUUGUGGUCACCUUCAUUCCCUGGGAAAUGAGGAUAAAGAAAAUCGAGAGUCAUUUUGGAUCUGGUGUUGCUUCCUAUUUCAUAUUCUUGAGAUGGUUAUUUGGAAUUAAUAUUGUGCUCACCAUCAUGACAGGUGUUUUUAUUGUCAUUCCAGAGCUGAUUGCAGGCCAGCCCUUUGGAAGCACAGCCAGGAAGACCAUCCCCAAGGAGCAAGUUUCGUCUGCCCAAGACCUGGACACCGUCUGGUCUCUGGGGGGCUACCUCCAGUAUUCAGUGCUCUUCUACGGGUAUUACGGCAGUGAGAGGAAGAUCGGAAGAGCUGGCUACCGGCUGCCCUUGGCAUAUUUCCUCGUGGGGAUGGCAGUGUUUGCUUACAGCUUCAUCAUUCUUUUAAAAAAGAUGGCUAAGAACUCCCGCACAAGCCUUGCCAGUGCUUCCAAUGAAAACUACACCUUCUGUUGGCGGGUGUUCUGUGCCUGGGAUUACCUCAUUGGAAACCCGGAGGCUGCAGAGAGCAAAACAGCCGCCAUUGUGAACAGCAUCAGGGAGGCGAUAGUGGAAGAACAGGAGAAAAAGAAGACCAAAAACCUGGCAGUGACGAUCUGCCUGAGGAUCGUUGCCAACAUCCUGGUCCUUCUCUCGCUGGCUGGGAGCAUUUAUCUCAUCUACUUUGUGGUCGACCGGUCCCAGAAGCUGGAGCAGUCCAACAAGGAGCUGACACUUUGGGAAAAGAAUGAGGUCAGCGUGGUGGUCUCCCUCGUUACCAUGAUAGCACCAUCAGCCUUUGACCUCAUUGCCGCCUUAGAGAUGUACCACCCCCGGACCACACUGCGCUUCCAGCUUGCAAGGGUCCUUGUGCUGUAUCUGGGAAAUCUCUACAGCCUGAUCAUUGCUCUCCUGGACAAAGUUAACAGCAUGAGCAUUGAGGAAACGGGUACCAAAAAUAACACAAGUCAUUGGAUAGAUUCCACCACCUUCUUUGCAACCAGGACAGAUCCUGAAGAAGAGAAAUGGUCCACACCUCAGCCUGGGAUGGGGCUCAGGAGAAACAGCACAUGGGCCUGGGAAGAGACCAGCAUUUCAGCCUAUACCACGCCUCUUGCAAAGGCCAACAGGACCACUCUCUACACUCAGAACCCACAAGACCAGUGCUGGGAGACAUACGUCGGUCAGGAGAUGCUGAAGCUCUCCAUCAUUGACAUGCUCUUCACCGUGGCGAGCAUUCUGCUCAUAGACUUCUUCCGAGGACUUUUCGUCCGGUAUCUAAGUGACUGCUGGUGUUGGGAUCUGGAAAGCAAGUUUCCUGAAUAUGGAGAAUUCAAAAUAGCUGAGAAUGUGUUACAUUUAGUCUAUAACCAAGGAAUGAUUUGGAUGGGGGCCUUCUUCUCCCCAUGUCUCCCAGCAUUCAACGUUCUCAAACUCAUUGGGCUCAUGUACCUGAGGAGCUGGGCUGUGCUGACCUGCAAUGUGCCCCACCAGCAAGUAUUUCGAGCCUCCAGAUCCAACAAUUUCUACUUGGCAAUGCUCCUGUUUAUGCUGUUUCUGUGCAUGCUGCCAACCAUUUUUGCUAUUGUCCGAUAUAAGCCAUCUCUAAACUGUGGGCCAUUCAGUGGACAAGAGAAAAUUUAUGACAUUGUGUCAGAAACGAUUGAGAAGGACUUUCCAGCAUGGUUUGGCUCCGUGAUGGAGCACGUCAGUAGCCCCGUGGUCAUCCUGCCUGCAGUACUCCUGCUUUUCAUGCUCAUCUAUUAUCUCCAGAGCAUCGCACGUUCUCUAAAGCUCAGCAACCACCAGCUCAAAAUGCAGAUCCAAAACGCAAGAUCAGAGGAUAAGAAAAAGGUUGCCCAGAUGGUAGAAGCCCGGAUCCAGACCCAGGAAGAAAGCACCAAGAAACUUCCAAACGACAGUGAUCUUACCAGCCAACUGUCCUCAGCACACUCGGGCACACCCCAGAAUAAUGGCAACAUGGUCCAUUUCGACUCAGAAAGCAGCAAGAGUGGCAGGAUAGAGACAGUUGCGCGGUCCAUGCCCCAGAGCCCCAGGUCAGGGAACAGGGCUCCCGGCUCACCUCUCCCUGGGUUCUCCAGACCCAGGCUAGAGCAUGAAACUAACAGGUAUCCACAUGGUCUGUGUGCGAGCACCAGCGAUCUUCACAAGAACAGAUCGCGCAUACCGACGACGUUUACAAAGCACAUCGAAGACGUGCACUCAAAACCUCUCUUCCGAAAAGACUUUCAGCAAAUCAACCCUCCUCACCGUGGACCAGGGGCUUCGACUUCGGUGGCACAGGGUCCCAGGCCCCACGCCCCCAGAUACUAUGUCAUUAACGAACGUGACUCUUACAAGAGAAAACAUCCAAAUGUCUGGCCAGAAAGACAUUUCAAGAUAGAUGCUUCAGGUGACAUUGUGGAGCUGUACCCCAGGAACAUGCGGCAAUAUGCAUCCCGGGUUCCCCGCCAGCCUCGCUCCCCACAGCUGAGUGAAGAGGAGGAGACGCCGAGGAGGGACUGGAUCAAACAGUCUCUUCCCCAACGCUCCCUGACGGACCUCCGUGGGGCUCCUCAUUUUUAUACUGGGGAGAGGUCCGAAAGUCAGACCCUGGCUCCCGAGCACCAGGGGAGGGUGCACUACAAGCCGUGGAAAGACGAUUUUGAGGGUCACCUUGACAGGCCCGCCUAUGUGCCCAAAAAGCCACGCUGGCGGAAUUUCCAAUACCCACAGCCCCCUCUGAAGCCCAGAGGGAAGCUCAGGUUCGAGCCAUCCCUCACGGAAUCGGACUCCGUGUCGGCGGCAUCCAGCAGUGACCAGCAGAACAGCGGCGCUGACCAGUACCUGCAGGUCACCCACAGCCAGCGCAGGUUCCCGAGGCCGGGGGGCCAGGCCGGGCGGAGGAAGGCCACGUCGAGGCAGGAGCUGACCAUGGAUCUGGACGACUUGAUUUGUUCAAACGUCUAAGCUGCCUCCAGGGUCCACUUCCCAGAGGUCAGGCCCCUGUUGGGCGUGCUGGGCCAGCACGUGGCAUCUCCCGUUCUGGAAAAAGAGGUGAACACGUGUUAGAGACCCGAGGGGCCCGGCCGCGGCUGCUGGCUGAGGUCCUGAGGCUGACGGCUGCAGCCACCUAGUCCACGGCUACUGUCAGCGCAAUCCAUGCGAGUUAGGCGGCACCAAAGUGUGUCACCAGCAGUGAAUCAUCAUGGGUCUGCAGCUACCUCAGUCCUUGCCUCCUCGGAAGAAAGAAUUCGGCAGAGGAGCACAAGACAGAGGACAAGACGGGAGAGACUGAGGCACGUUUUAGGGCAGGCAUGCAAGUUUACUGAAAAGCUCCAGAGCAGGAAUGAAAGAACUACAUACACUUGGGAGAGGGCCAAGCGGGCGACUUGAAAGAUGGAGUGCACUGUUUGACCUUUGACUUGGGGUCACGCUGGCUUUGCUUCCGGGGUCCUGUGCUACAUCUCCCCUGAUUCUUCCCUUGGGGUGGGCUGUCCGCAUGCGCGGUAGUGGCCUGCCAGCGCCUGGGAGGGGAGCAUGCGCAGUGUGCUUAGCGGAGUUGUGCACACGCUCACUUGAGGUUCUUCCCUUACCGGUGGAAGGCGCCGUAUUGUCUUUUAGUACGCAUGCUUGAACCCACUGCUCAGCUCCUGAGAUCUUACCAGGAAGCUGCUGAUUACCAGUUUCAGGUUUUUUCUAUCUAUUGGGAGACGGUCGUGCUCUGGUGCCAGCUGUGACCAAUUAUUAUUUUAGCGAGACAAUUAACAGCCACCUGACCAUCACCUGAUGUUCGCCUGACAUUCCUGGGGGUUGUCU